CGUAAACUCUCGUGAGAUCUUCUCUCAGUCUCUCCGUGUCCAAAAUCGGCUGGUGCCAGCUCGCAAGGACUCUAGAUUUCUAGACUUUUUCUCAGCUAUAUAACCUUGUUUCUCAAGGCUUUCAGUGUUUUACCUCAGUGGAUUGUUUCACACCAAGGACUCACAGCUUUCUGGAUUGUGAUUGGCUAGACGAAGCAAAACAUUGAAUCAUGGGGAAUAUUUUUGGCAAUCUGCUGAAGAGUCUGAUAGGGAAGAAAGAGAUGAGAAUUCUGAUGGUUGGAUUAGAUGCUGCUGGUAAAACCACCAUCCUUUACAAACUGAAGCUGGGAGAGAUCGUGACCACCAUCCCAACCAUUGGUUUUAACGUGGAGACAGUGGAGUACAAGAACAUCAGCUUCACUGUGUGGGAUGUGGGUGGUCAGGAUAAAAUCAGACCACUCUGGAGACACUACUUUCAAAAUACACAGGGUCUUAUCUUCGUGGUUGACAGCAACGAUCGGGAGAGAGUUAACGAGGCGCGGGAGGAGGUAAUGAGGAUGCUUGCAGAAGACGAACUGCGUGAUGCUGUCCUUCUUGUCUUCGCAAACAAACAGGAUCUGCCAAACGCUAUGAAUGCAGCUGAGAUCACAGACAAGCUCGGCCUCCAUUCGCUCCGCCAUCGCAACUGGUAUAUACAAGCAACCUGUGCGACCAGCGGCGACGGUCUGUACGAAGGGCUCGACUGGCUCGCCAAUCAGCUCAAGAAUAAGAAGUGAAGGGCGGGAUUUUCUUUACGUGGCCGUCUCUCGCUUUGGGAAAGGGGUGGGACUAAUUUGGCCUUUAUGUUUGGUUUUUCUUUGUUUAUUUUUUUGGUUGUAUUCUAGAAAACACAGUAUGUGGUUUAAAGAGCCUUCUAUGCUCUGCACACGCAUUCACACGCAGAUCAACAUGCAUCUAAUUUCCUCUGUUGACUUUUCCAUUUCACUGUACGAACAGUAUCGGUUUAUAGCAUCGACGUUUGGUCGAUUUCAUCGUCUCUCCCUCACUCACUCACUAACGUGUUUACAAUCAGUGAUCAGUGUUGUCCUUGACUGCCAUGAAGAAGAUUGUAGGGUCUGGGCAUGCUCAUGUAUUAUGUAAUAUGCUUAUGUAUUUCUCAGUAGAUGUGAUUAUGAUGCAGUUUGCCUCCUCACGCACACAAUAUCCACAGUCUGCGAUCCCGGCGGUUUGUGAUUGCGUUAGAUACCCUGCUGUGUUUUGCAUGGCUGUUUCUCUCGGUGUCGUGUUAAACGUUGUGGUGUAGUAGUGGUUAGAUCUGCAUGUGUGUGUUUGGUCACACAGAGCUGGUUGGUGUUGCAUGCUGCUUUGUGGCCGUGCUGUACUAGAAUGGACGCAGUACAAAUGUUCCGUGUCACACAUCCCUCACCUAAAUUGUGAGUCAAGCGUGGUGCUGUUGGGUAGUCCACCAUAAUUCGCAUUCGAGUAAAGCUGUAAAUAAAGCUUUUUCCAAUCAAACGCCCCUUUGUUGUAGAAUUGACUUGGCUAAUUGUUGCAUGGGUAAAACUAUUGUUUUGUAAGAAUCACUAGCAUUGUCUGCAUGGCAUGCAUGAUAGAUAGAUAGAUAG